UUCCGUCAACAUGGCGGCUCCCCGUGAGAGCGUAGACGGCUCUGUGAGGAGGAGACGCGUGGACGGCAGUGGAAGACAAAAAGAGACAGUGUCAAACUCCUCUGACAUCAGCGGGGAACAUGGAGGAAAAAAGGACCAAGACCCAAACACUGAGCCCAGACCGGAGGCUCUGCAGACCGGGACUUUCUGGCUCACACGGAUCGUCCUGCUGCGAUCCGUCUCCUUUAUUUACUUGGUGGCCUUCACCGUUGCCUACAAUCAAAACAAACAGCUGAUUGGUGAAAACGGUUUAAUGCCCUGCAAGAGUUACCUCAACAGUGUGAAGCGAUACGUGGGUGGAAAGAUUGGCACGGCCGCGCUGACCUACACACCCUCCAUACUCUGGUUUAUGGACUGGAGCAGCAUGGACUCCAACCUGGAUGCCAUGGCCCUGCUGGGGAUGGCUGUGUCUGCGUUUGUGCUGGUGACGGGGAUGGCCAACAUGGUUAUCAUGGUGAUGCUGUGGGUUCUUUACCACUCACUGGUCAACGUUGGACAGCUGUGGUACUCCUUUGGGUGGGAGAGUCAACUGCUGGAGACAGGGUUCUUGGCCAUUUUCUUGUGUCCAGUUUGGACUCUGUCCCAGGUCCCCCGCGGCUGUCCCCCCUCCCUCAUCUGUAUCUGGACAUUCAGGUGGCUGGUCGUCCGGAUCAUGUUGGGCGCUGGUCUGAUUAAAAUCAGAGGAGACAAAUGCUGGAGAGAACUCACCUGUAUGGACUACCACUAUGAGACUCAGCCGGUUCCCAACCCCAUGUCCUACUACAUGCACCACUCACCGUGGUGGAUCCACCGCUUUGAGACUCUCUCCAAUCACUUCAUCGAGCUCAUCGCCCCGUUCUUCACUUUCCUGGGCAGACGGAUGUGCGUGGUCAGCGGAGCGAUCCAGAUUCUGUUCCAGGUUGUUCUCAUCAUUAGUGGGAACCUUAGUUUUCUUAACUGGCUCACCAUUGUUCCCAGUCUGGCCUGUUUUGACGACGCAUCCUUGAGCUUCUUGUUUGGCUCUGGAGGUGGAGCCAAGAAAGCAGUGCUGGAGAUCCAGAGAGAGGAGGCUGCUGGACGCAGCCAGAAGCCCACCAGAGGUAUGAUGAUACGUCGGGUGGUGAACGUCUCUCUGGGCGUUCUGAUUGGCUUCCUGAGCGUCCCUGUGGUGAUGAACCUGGUGAGCUCCAAGCAAGUGAUGAACACCUCCUUUGACCCUCUGAGAAUCGUCAACACCUACGGGGCCUUUGGCAGCAUCACUAAGGAACGGACGGAGGUGAUCUUCCAGGGAACUCUGAGUCCUGAUCCCAAGGAUCCCAAUGCCAUUUGGGAAGAGUACCAGUUUCUGUGUAAACCUGGAGACAUUUACCGGCGACCAUGUCUCAUAUCACCUUAUCAUUACAGACUGGACUGGCUCAUGUGGUUUGCUGCCUUCCAGACUUAUGAGCAGAGUGAAUGGGUGAUCCACAUCGCAGGACGCCUGCUGGCCAACGACAGCGCCAUCCUGUCUCUCAUGGACCACAAUCCUUUUCACAACAGACAAACACCCAGGUGGGUACGUGGAGAACAUUUUAGAUACAAGUUUACAGAACCAGGCAGCAGCAGUGCCGCCCAGGGGAAGUGGUGGCUGAGAAAACGCAUCGGACCUUAUUUCCCAGCAGUGGACCUGGAAGCUCUGAGAGGAUACUUCCAGUCCAGGAACUGGCCACACCCACAUAUACCAACAAACAGGAAGUAGAACCACACAAUAAAGACAGGAAGUGCACAAGAAAAGGGAAUCAUGAAGAAUCAUAAUGAUAUGGUCAGUCAGGAUGUGUGUUACUGAACAAAAACAAAUCUGAUUGUAAACAAACAAACAAAAAGUUAAUUAAACACUUUCUACUAAAAUCAA